AUGGUUACAACGAUUUUUAAUAAUGGGCGUAUUCUAUGUCCCGGUUCAUGGGGUGGCUUUGUCUCCACACUGGUAGUCGAGGAUGACCAUCUCGCGCACGUCGGCUGGGACAAUGACGAAGCGAUUGUUCGGGUUCAAGCCACAGCAUCAACGGUGGACUUGAGAAAUCGAAUAGUCCUCCCAGGGUUUAUUGAUGGCCAUGUACAUAUUCUCAACUUCGGUAUGUCGCUGCAGAAACUCGAUCUUUUGCCUUGCAAGAACCUCGCAGAUAUCCGAAAUUCCAUCACCACCUACGCAGCAACUCACCCAUUGGAUCCACGCAUUUUGUGCCGAGGUUGGGUCCAGUCAGUUACGGAUGGUAACGCUUCCGCAACUGUCCUGGACGACCUAGAUCCGCGACCUAUCUACAUUGAGGCAUUAGACCUUCACUCAACGUGGUGCAAUAAUGCAGCUCUCAAAGAGCUAGAGGCUGAGUCGAAACCCGAUCCUCCAGGCGGAAAAAUCCAUCGCUAUCAUAAUGGGACCCCGUCCGGUCUACUCGAAGAGGCGGCGCAAUUCGACGUUGUCUGGCCAUUUUUGGACCGGGUCAUGUCUAUGGAGAAGAAGGUGGCUGCGAUUGAUGCUGCAAUCCGUGCGCAUCAACGCGCUGGGUAUACUGGACUCGUCGAUAUGGCUAUGGGGGAGAGUGAAUGGGUGGCGUUGAAUAUGUACAGAAAUCAGCGUGGUGAGCUCCCGAUGCAUGUUGCGGUACACUGGUUGGUACCCUACUCAAAAUGCGAUGCCGAUAUCUGCAGUCACAUUAAUCGCGCCAUUGAGAUUCAACAAGCCUUCAACAGGAAAAUAUCCCCGGAAUUUUGUAUCAAUGGAAUCAAACUACUCUGUGACGGCACAGUGGAUGGAUGUACAGCGGGAUUACACCAAGCAUAUGGUGGAUUGUCCAAUAUCGUCGAUCCGAUCUGGCCAGCCGAUGCCCUUUCAUUAGCUAUUUGCCGUGCUACUGAUGCUGGCCUGCAGUGCGCCAUCCACGCAAUUGGGGAUCGAACAGUGCAGCAGGCUAUUGACUGUUUAUGCCAAAUUCAGGACUUGCCAGCCUGUCGUCAUCGCAUUGAACAUUUGGAGAUAACAACCCCCGAAGACGCGAAAAGGCUUGGUCAACUCGGGAUAGUGGCCUCAGUCCAGCCUGUUCACCUUGACCCAGCGACCUUUGGUGGGUGGCCAGAGAUGCUUGGGAUUCAGCGUUGCAAGCGAGCUUUCGCUUACCAAGAGUUUGUCGAAGGCGGUGCUCAUUUGGCCUUUGGCACCGAUGCCCCCACUGCGGACCAUCAGGCACUGCCCAAUCUCUACGUUGCUACCACUCGGCGGUCCUCUAUCCAGCCCUCCUUGCAAGAUACCAUCAAUCCUGAAUUCGCUGUUUCCCUCGCGACCGCUGUGUCGGCAGCUACUGCGGGGGCUGCAUAUGCGUCUUUUUCGGAAUCAUGGACAGGGAGUCUGCGUGCGGGAUUCAAAGCCAAUUUCGUUGUGGUUGAUAUGAUCUGGGCACCGGAGUCCCUUUUAGAAGCUCGGGUGUGCCAAACGUGGUAUAAGGGAAAGAAGGUAUUCGAUGAAGAGACGGGCUCUCCUUCCGAGGAAUCACAUUAG